CGCUGGCACGGUCUGCGCACGGGUGAUUUCCGCCGAAUGAAGCGCACUGAGGCGUGAUGGCGAGGGCCUAGGGGAGGGCGCAGACAGGCCCGGACGCCACCUGUAGCUGCCCUCGGCCUCCCGGCCUCUGUGCUCUUUCCUGCGCCGUUGCUAGUCAGCCGCAUCUGGGCGCGGGAGGCAGGGCGGGCUAAUGCGGAAAGGUACGGGUGCCGGGGAGGGGCUGUGAUUGCGGAGGGUCCGGGUGUCUGGCAGAGGGCUAUGGAGCAGUACUGCAUCCUGGGCCGCAUUGGGGAGGGCACGCACGGCAUCGUCUUCAAGGCCAAGCAUGUGGAGACUGGAGAGAUCGUUGCCCUGAAGAAGGUGACCCUGCGGCGGCUGGAGGAUGGCAUCCCCAGCCAGGCCCUGCGGGAGAUCAAGGCCUUGCAGGAGAUCGAGGACAGUCAGUAUGUGGUACAGCUGAAGUCCGUGUUCCCGCAUGGCGCAGGCUUCGUGCUGGCCUUCGAGUUCAUGCUGUCAGAUCUGGCUGAGGUGGUGCGCCACGCCCAGAGGCCGCUGGCCCAGGCGCAGGUCAAGAGCUACCUGCAGAUGCUGCUCAAGGGGGUCGCCUUCUGCCAUGCCAACAACAUUGUGCAUCGGGACCUGAAACCAGCCAACCUGCUUAUCAGUGCCUCGGGCCAGCUCAAGAUAGCGGACUUUGGCCUGGCCCGGGUCUUUUCCCCAGAUGGCAGCCGUCUCUACACGCACCAGGUGGCCACCAGGUGGUACCGAGCCCCUGAGCUCCUGUAUGGUGCCCGCCAGUAUGAUCAAGGUGUCGACCUGUGGGCUGUGGGCUGCAUCCUGGGGGAGCUGUUGAACGGGUCCCCCCUUUUCCCAGGGGAGAAUGACAUUGAACAGCUUUGCUGUGUGCUUCGAAUCUUGGGCACCCCCAGUCCUCAAGUCUGGCCGGAGAUCAAGGACCUGCCUGACUACAACAAGAUCUCAUUCAAGGAGCAGGCUCCCGUGCCUCUGGAGGAGGUGCUGCCCGAUGCCUCUCCCGAGGCCUUGGACCUGCUGGGGCAUUUCCUCCUCUACCCUCCAUGCCAGCGCAUUGCAGCCUCCCAGGCCCUCCUGCACCGGUACUUCUUCACAGCUCCCCUGCCUGCCCACCCCUCGGAGCUGCCGAUUCCUCAGCGCCCAGGGGGACCUGCCCUCAAGGCCCCCCCAGGACCCCCCCACGUCCAUGACUUCCACGUGGACCGGCCUCUCGAGGAGUCGCUGUUGAACCCGGAGCUGAUUCGGCCCUUCAUCCUGGAGGGCUGAGAUGUUGGGCCAGGACCCACCGGUGUGUCCCCCACUUCCCUCCCCAAGACAAGCCAGGCCUCUUGUUCUUCUGCUC